AUGAACGAAAACGAAGAUAAAACGCAAAUGCCUCAAUCAUCUGCUCUUGAAGCAUUGCAUGAUCUUGAAAACCAUUCAUCGACUCCUGAUUCUAACGAACCUCAACAAAUGGAAAUCUAUGCAGAUGAAUUAACAACAAAUAUUAUAAAAGAUGCAAGCAAAACAGCAAGUGAAAAUCAUGAUGAAAAUUUAGAUAAUACUAAUGAAUUACAUUAUCUUCAAACAUCAAAACAAAGUACAUCAGAAGAUACAACAACAAUAUCAGAUCAAUUCAAUCAAUCAACAACUAAUAAUAAUAAUUUCGACGAUGAAGAUAUACAAAAGAAAAUGAAUGAUGUUAUUCAAGAUAUACGAUCACUAUCUGGUGAUGAUACAACUAAUAUUCCACAUAAAUCAAUAACAUCUAAUCAUUUACAUCAUGAAGAAACAAAUAAUUCUAUGCCAACUAUUGAUCCUUCGACACAGAUAGAUUCAGUAUCAAAUAAUCAAACUGAAGGUCCAGUACGAUCAUUAAGUGAAUCAGCUUUAGUUGAUCAUCAUACACUAAUUGAACAGCCAUUACCUAUUCGACAAGAUGAAAGUUUAUCAGAUAAUGAUGAUACUUAUGAAAUACAAUCUAUACCAACGAAUAUUCCUAUGCAUAUAAAUGAACAUCCAUCAGAACAAGGAAAUCAUAUAAAUAAUCCAUUAGAUAGUAAUCAUGAGUUGUUAGAUACAGAAACAGGAACUACUGAUUCUAAUCAAGACUCAUCAAAUAUUAUUAAACCAAAUAAUCUAGAUGAAACGGCACGUUUUCAUACAACAUCACCAACUAAUAAACAAUUGUUUCAUAAUACAUUAGAUGAACCACUAACAUCCGGUGAUGAAGGGCAUACUCAGAUAGAUCCAACAAAUUUAGCUGAUGACAUUAAUCAAGAAAUAGCAAGUAGUGCUCAAAGUUCAUUACAUGAUAUAUCAUCACUUAAUCGUCCACGCUCACCAACACCUAACAAUUCUCGUAAAUCAUCAACACAUUCACAAAUAAAUGAUAAGGAGGAUACGAAAAGUCUAAUUUCAAAUAAUAAUACAACCGAUUCACCCGUUUUUUCGGAUCACAAUCAACAAGAUGAACAACAACAACAACAAAAUGAAAACAUUCAAUCAUCAGCUGAAAUAAACUCACCCAUAUCACAGCAAGAAAGUGCACAUAAGAAUGAUGAGCAACAAACAUCUCAAUCAAGUAGUACUCCUACAAAUGAUUUUACAGCAGCACACGACCAACCAAAACGUAUUAAAUCUGGAAUACAACUUCUAAUUCCAACACAUGAUUUUAAUAAUGAACGUAUGAAUAGUCCACCACCACCGCUAUCAGCAGGAAUUAAAUCUAUGGUAUUAUUUAAUCCAUUAUUAAGUCAUAUUAAUGAAAAAGAACAAGGUCGAUCUCGAUCAACAAGUGAAGCAAGUCGAAAAAUGUCUGCAACAAGUAGCAUUAGCAACGAAAAAAUCAUAGAUGAAGAUAGUAUAUUAUCGAACAAUCGACGAGAAAGUAAUCAUAGUCAACAAUCAUUAAAUAUCGCUGAUGAAAAAUCAAUAAGUCAACAUGGAAGUCAAACUAUUGAACAACCAUCACAGAAAUCAAAUAGUCGUCGAACUAGUGAUUCUCAGCAACCACAACAACAAGAUGAAUCCAAUGAUUCUCAAGAACAACAAGCCACCAAUAGGCGGGAUAGUAAAAUAUCACAAGAAUCAACUAAUUAUCGUGAGAGUUCUGUUUUUGAACAACCAGUUUCCAGUCGAAGAGACAGUGAAAACAUCGAACAUAAGUCAUCCAGCCGAAAAGGAAGUAUUACUUCUGAAAAACAACUUUUAAAUAACGAAGAAAACUUUACUUCACAACAAGAACUACCCAGUCGACAUGAUAGUGUUAGUAGUGAACAAAAAAUCGCUAGUCGAAAGAAUAGUGCAAACUCCGAACAGAAAGCUUCAAGUAAACAAGAAAGUUUUGUUGUGGAAGAACAAGUAUGCAGUCGCCGAGAAAGUCAAAGUGCGAAACAACAAUUGCCAGAUCAUCAACAAAGUUCAUCUGAUCAACAGGAAAGAAACUUAUCGAGUCAGCCAGUUAGUCGAAAAACAAGUCCGGCUGAUCAACAACAACAGGUUUUAAGUCGUCCAACAAGUGUAACUCGAGAGAAUCAAUCAUCAAGUCCUGAUUAUUCAAAUUUUGUUAAAAUCUCUUCACCUCAAGUAUCAAGUCGCCGUAACAGUUCUGUUAAAGAAGAACCACAGUCAAAUCCUAUUACUAUUAAUGACGAUAGUCAUCAAUUAGCAUUAAAUCGAAACGAAAAAAAUCAACAAUUAAUCAAACACGAAUCUGAUUCAUCUAAUCAAGAAAUUCGAACAUCUGAUAAACAUAAACAAGAACGUAUAUCAUCAACUGAAAAAAAUUCAAAACACCAAUCACCAUUUCAACGACAUUCUGGACGACAGUCACGAGAAAAAUCAACUUCAAAUACAGACGAAACUGUUAUAAUACCAAUUGCUUUAAAUUCAUCCAAAAAUCAACAACAUAACGGAAAACAUAUAUCAACAACAGAUUCUGAUCUUGAACAUAAAUCAACAUCAAAGUUACCUCCAGUUAAUUCGUCAUCUCAAGAUGGAAAACUAUAUCGUUCUGCAAGAUUAAAUAAGCAGCAAGUACCUGUAGCAAAUCGAUCAGAAACAAAACAUAUAUCAUCAUCACAUUCUACAACAUCAAGUGGAGAGGAACGAUCAAAACGUUGGAUUAAAAAUAUGAUCACUCCAUCAGUUGAUUUGACUGAUGGUGAAUCUCAACUAUCAUGCAAUAAACAAUCAGAAAAAGUCGAACAUAAUCAAACAACAAAAAAACGACAUAUUGCAGAUGAACAACAACGUCCAUCACAUCGAAGUUUUAGUGCUAAUUCAUCAACACAUAUUCGUCUUGUCGAUGAUCGAUCACUUGAUUCAACAUCAGACAAUAAUACUGAUCGUAGUCAACAUAAUCGAAGAAAUGUUAAAGCAAAAAAGAAAGAUAUUCAAACAAAUACAGAUCAAACUAUUGAUUCUCGACAACAACAACAGCAAAAUAGCUCUUCUGAUGAACAAAAAUUGACUCCUAAAAAACCACUAAAAGCAACAAAACCAAUGUCGGAUCAUUUUCAUUCAACACAUCAACGUACAUCGAAUAAAGAACAACUAUUUACAACUUCCGAUCAAGAUAAAUCAACUAUACGAUGUAAAGUUAAACAAUCUAAUGAUUCUAAUCAAGAUAAAGAUCCUGUAAAUGUUAAUAUAACUGUUGUUGUUAGAAAAACUCCUGCUGAUGAAAGUUCUCCUGAAACAACAGCCGAAGAUUCUAUUGAACAAAAACCUAAACAAUAUUUUACACCUAUUCAACAUUCAGCUAAGAAAAAUAAACAAAAAUCUAUUGAACAUCAUGAUCGUGAGACACAAUCAGAUACAGAACAGAUCAUCACUGAAAAACAAAAAACACAUCGUCAACCAAAACGUAUAUCACGAACAUGUCAAACAUAUGAAUAUGUAUUUCGACGUAUGGAACGUGACCGAUAUCAAGAAUUACGAGCAACAAGUGAAACAGAAAAAAAUAUACAAACACGUAAAUCUCAAUUGUCUCCAAGAAGAAAAUUACCAAGAAAAUAUCUUUCUCCAUACUUAUCAACUGAUGCACUCAGAAUCGAAGAAAUGUUACGCAAACGAUUUUAUCCAUCACGAAGAAAUCUAUCAAAAUCUGCUUCACUUACUCGUAGUAUGUCUCCACAAACUGGUAAAUUAUUAAUUCUUCGCCCAACACUUCCGUUUCAUCAUACCGAUGCUGUCAGUGUUCAACGAGUAUGCCUUCAAUAUGCUAUUGAUCUAGUUCCACAUAAUAGAACAGGUACUCAUCGAAGUAAAUCAACUAUUAUUAAACAAUCGGAAGAAAAAAAUAAUGUACCUAUAAUAAAUGCAUCAUCGCCAUCAGCUAAUAAUUCAACACAUAAAUCAAUUUCAAAUAAACAUGGAGAACAUAAAAAUCAACGUAAAAAUAAUGGUACUACUUAA